AUGCCCCACCCAUGUCGUCAUGCCGCUGUGCUGGUCGCGACUUGGACCCUGGCGGCUUUGUCGGACCAGUUUGUUGUGCAGCGUCUGCAUACCAGUCCACCUGUUCCUUCCCGUACGCACAUCAGUGCGGUUAGCGCCUCGGCAGCAAUACUCUACGCUACCGUCCUCGGCCGUGAACGCUUUUUCGGCAUGACGACGGGCCUCGCCACGCACUCCUCAUCGACGGCAGUCUUGAACAUCUCAAAACGUCCUUCUCAUCGACCGUUAGAGCUUCGGCACUGCGCUCCCGCUCCGGGGAGACUUCAGUACAUAUCUUCCGAGCAAUCUGACGAUCCGGGUGUUACUGCCAAAAUGCAACCCGUGUUCCGACAACUUGCUCCUGCUCCACCCCAUGGGAAUCCAGAGCCCAGCGGCAGCGAGCCGCGGAAGAGGAAGAGAAAAGCACGAUUGGCCUGCAACCAUUGCCGACUGAAGAGAGUAGGAUGCGAUGGCACUCGUCCAGAAUGCACUCGAUGUCUGAGAGCCCGCGUGCCCUGUGUCUACUUGUCAGACGAUGCAGAAGCUACACCGACAAUGGCACUCAAGAGUGAAGUGGAGAACCUUCAGCGCCGACUACAAGAGCACAGCGACUUCCUGCAGAACCUCUUCACCGCGCCAGAGGACGAGAUCUUGAACAUUGUCCGCCAGCUGCGAUCCGCCGACGGUGCCUCGGCUCUGCCGUCAUCGUAUCAGAGCAGCGCAGUAGUUCCAACUCAACUGUCCGAGCAUGUUCCGGCACGAGCAGUCAUGGCCUCGCCAGAAUCCGGCAUCGAGCUUGAGCUGGUCAUGCGCCAUCCCACGGCAUAUCCAGCUCUCAUAUCACCAAGCCCUUCAUCGAUAACGUCGGCCAAGCUCACCGGAGGAUCUGCUCAGACCACGCCGUCCGGUACCACCUCGUCGUCUCCCAGCGAUCCCUACACGUACUGCGAUCCUCGCCUCGAAAAUCUCUCAGUAGGAUACUGGACGCGAAUACCAAUCGACGACGAGCUUGCUGCUCGAGCCAUAUCACAUUUCCUGACAACCGAUCACCCUGUGCUUGGACUGUUCGAUGCCGACCUCUUCAUUCGCGAUCUGGUGAAUCAAGGACUGAACCAUUGCUCAUCCUUCUUGUUCCACUCUGUCAUGUCGCUCGCUUGUCAAUCGUACAGCGCAGAGAACUUGCAAAUAGUGCCCUUUGCGACCGCGUUUACUGAAGAGGCGCUCAAGCUAUGGCACGCCGAGCGUUCGACUGACUCAACCCCGACACUUGCAGCUCUGAACUGUCUUUCGGUGGCCACCGCAUGGAACGGGAGAAACGAGCUUGGAAACCACCAGCUACUUGCGGACGCUCGUGCGAUGGCUACGAGAAUGCAGCUCCUUGAUGUUCCCCCUUCGGACACAGCCAUGGAUCAGUUCCAAGAUUUGGCCGAAGACGAAUUGCGGGACCGGGCACACGUGGCUUGGGGCAGCUAUGGCUGGCAAUCGUUUUGCGCCAGCUUUUUCCCCAAGUCGCCGAUCAAGUAUCCACCCAACUUUCCCAUUCCUGGUGAUCAUUUCGACAUAUUCGCCACGCUUGACACGUUCGGUCCGGCGCAUCCGUCGCCAGACUACGUCGGGCAUACGUUCACGGCUAUGAGCCAGUUUUGGGUCAUCGUUCAGGAGAUCUUGGCCGUAUACAGCAUGCAAGAUGAGUCGCCCUUGGUCGACAGAGUGAUACCAUCGUUCGCUGAAGCGAAGUACCGGAAGUUGUUGGCUUGGGCAGAUACGCUUCCAAAAGAGCUCGGCAAUAGUUCAAACAGCGCAGCACACGUGUACCUCUUCCACGCCUUAUACCACACGACCAUCCUCAAUCUAUUCCGGCCCUUCUGCAACCCGCCCGAUAUCAUCCGCCUGCGCUCGUUCUCCUCGGCGGACAGCACAUCUCGUAAUGUCUUCUCGGCGUCUGUCAAGCAGCUGAAACGGCUUGUUUACAACUAUCGUACCUAUGUGCCUCGGCGUCUCGCGCGCAGCAUCAUCUUCAAUGCGGCUGUGCUGCACCUCAGCAGCAUCAUUGUGCAUCAGGCCGACAUUGACUCGUCGUGGAGAUUCUUCUUCCGCAUCUGCUUCGACUACUGGAAAGACGUUUACGUCUGCUACCGUGUCGUCGCAGGGAUAGUACCGGCGCAUCUGUCGCUCGCACUGCAAGCAGGCGCCAUCACGCCAAAAGAGGCGAAGGCAUUGAAAGACGAGUUUGUGGCCGUGGGCAGGCACCACAAGAUGGCAGAUGGAGUAUUGACAGACGCAUAUGUAGAUUUCCACAGGGCGAUCAGGAAGGAGGAGGGCGCGACCAUGCACGAGCUUGCGAAGAGGUUCGAUGAGCUUAUGAUGUUCGAGGACUUCACCCAAGAGCUUGGAGACGUCGAGCGGUGGUAA